AUGCGAACGUCCCUCAAGUGUCUAGUAUUCUAUUUGAUAGUUGGUGUUAUCUUACUUAAUCUAUAUUUUAUCGGUCAACUAUAUUUUCAUUAUGAAAAUAAUCAAGAAAAUAAACAACAUCAAAAUCUACAUCAACAUUCAAAAGAUUUUUUUCCUUUUAUUGACAAACAAGGUGAACUAGUCAAUCAACUAUCAUAUAAAAUGAAUGAUCUCAAAAAUAAUAGUGAAUUUCUUGUAUUGGAUUGGACUGGUCAUCAACAUAUAUUUCGAGAACAAGAUCCGAUUAAAUGUGAUUUUUCUGAUAUAACUCGUGAGCAAUGUGUAUCAAAAUUUAAACAAUUAACAAAUGAUGUUCUUCGUUUGCAUCUUAUUGAACGAUGCAUACGUUUAUUAACAUUGACUAUACAUUGGACAGAUAAUCAAGCACAUUUGAAAGAAGCUGAUCUUAUAUCAUAUCAUUCUAUUCAUAUGCCAUCAAAUAAUUUACCAAAAUUAGAACGUAGUGAUAAACGACAACAAUAUUCAACUGUUUAUGUACUUGAAAGUGAAGUACAUUCAUCUGGUGGUCAUGAUUGGCAUGAAAUUGAUUUUCCCAUGUGGUAUAAUCUAGAACGUUCAUAUCCUGAACCAGCUACUUAUUUCGAAAUAAAAAUCUAUCUUGAUAAAUUAUUUGCACCUGUUCGAGUACCAUUUUCAAAAAAAACUACAUCAGCACCAAUUAUAUGGAUUAUAUCAAAUUGUAAUGCUUAUAAUGGUCGUCAAUCAUUGGUUCGACAAUUAAUGUCAUAUAUUCGUAUUGAUUCAUUCGGUGGUUGUCUUAAUAAUGCAAAAUCUGCUCAGGCACAAACACGUGCACAAUCAAAUUCCGAAUUAUAUGCAUCAUAUAAAUUUGUUAUAUCAAUUGAAAAUUCAAAUUGUGAAGAUUAUGUUACAGAAAAAUUAAUUGAUGGAUUAUCAUCAACAGCUGUACCUAUUGUUGCUAGUCGUGAUGGAAAACCUGAUUAUACACAUUUUGCACCAAAUCAUUCAUAUAUUAAUGUAUAUGAUUAUAAAACAGUGAAAGAAUUAGCUGAUUAUUUAAAUUAUUUAUCAAAUAAUGAAACAGCUUAUAAUGAAUAUCUUUGGUUUAGACAACCACCAGCAAAUAAAUAUGCAGCAUCAGGUAUUACUGAACGAUCAUUAAGUGAAAAUCUUCGUUUAGCUGAUGAAAUAUUGGGUGUAAAUGCUACAAUGCGUCAAUGGUUAUUAGCUAAAGAAGCUAGUAUUAAUAAAUAUUGUAAAUUGGUAAAAUUUAUUCAUACAACAUAUUGGAAAUUAAUUUAUAAACGAAAAAAAAGUGACCGACCAACUCCAAAUGAAGUUUGCUUACCAUCGAAUGAUAUAGCUAUGUAUUUUUCUAAUUCAUCAUCUGUUGCUAUUGCUGCUUAA